AGGACCUUACGCAUCAUUUCCUGUCAGCGGUCGAACUGGAAUGAUAUCCAUAAUGUUGUGGGUCUAAUGCACCCCAGUAUGUCAACAGCUAAAAUGUUUCAAUUAAAUUAAUACUUGGGGAUUAUUCUGUAGUGUUAGGUGAUUGUUUUCACUCAUUUCCAAACGGUGGGACAAUUAUGUCGGGUGCGGCCGGUGGAGGCUCCUCUGGUAUGGGCGCAGCAGCAGCAGGAGCUAGUAGCAGCUCCGCCGGCGUUCUCCACACUGCGGUAUCCGGGGGAGGAGCGGGGGUGGCCGGUAGGCUACCUGCUCGUGUCCUGGAGCAUAUUUUCUCCUAUUUGGACCUUGCCGAUUUGACUCGAUGCGCCUUAGUGUGCUGGCACUGGAGCAACAUCCUGGCGGAUGAAAACAGCGAGGUGUGGCGCAGCCUGGGUGCUCGAACACUCAGUGAAGAAGCCCUGCGAUCUGACAUCUUAUGCAACCUUCCAUCCUACAAGAGCAAGGUCAAAUCCUACCAACAUGCUCUGAGCUCCCACGACUGCUCUCGUAACGUGUACGUGAAGAAAAACGGAUUCACCCUGCACCGCAACCCCAUCGCCCAGAGCACAGAUGGAGCACGGGGCAAGAUUGGCUUUAUGGAAGGUCGCCACGCCUGGGAGAUCUGGUGGGAAGGCCCUCUGGGUACAGUGGCGGUGAUUGGCAUCGCCACCAAGCGGGCAUCCAUGCAGUGUCAAGGCUACGUGGCCCUUCUGGGAAGCGAUGACCAAAGCUGGGGCUGGAACCUGGUUGACAACAACCUGCUCCACAAUGGGGAGGUGAACGGGAACUUUCCACAGUGUAAUAAUGCACCCAAAUAUCAGAUUGGGGAGAGAAUACGAGUGAUUCUCGACAUGGAUGACAAGACGUUAGCCUUCGAGAGGGGGUUUGAGUUUCUGGGAGUUGCAUUUCGGGGACUACCUAAAGCCUGCCUGUUCCCUGCCGUCUCCGCGGUGUACGGCAACACCGAGGUCACGAUGGUGUACUUGGGGAAGCCACUGGAUGGCUAAGAGCGAUGUAUACGGUUCCCUCCAAAAGUAUUGGAACAGCAAAGACUUUUGUUUUUGUUGUACACUGAAGACAUUUGGGUAUCCAAUCAAAAAAUGAGACUUUUGUCUCAUAUUCAUUUUUUGAUCUUAAAAUGAAAUGUUUGUAGUAUAUAACUAUUGACAUUUUUAUGAUAUCUCAAAAGCUCAUGAAUUCAACAUAAUUUUGACUGUUAAAAAGUUUGUUAGUGGAAGACAACGCUAACUGCUUCGAUACCCUAGCCCUAACUUUUUUUCUGAUUCAGUGCUUAAAAAGUAGCACAGAUCUAUUACUGUACUAAAUCAUAUUACAAAGCUUAAUGUGGAAUAAUCCAUUACAUUCCGUGUUGAUUCUGAUUUGUAUUCAUGCCACGUCAAAACAUUGCGACUUAAUAGUUGUCGCGUAUGAGAAGCACCGCAUGAACGGUUAUCAUUUUUAAAUCCACUUAAUGGUGGAAAAUGUGUGACGUCCAGUGUGUCCUUUUUAAUGUGCUACUGUACUAUUACACUAUUUAUUUAUCUAUGGUACUACUAGCUUCGGUACAGUUUAAGUUAGAGAAUAAAGUCGUGAGAUGCGGCAACUUGAGAUGCA